CUCUCCAGGUGACCCCACCACCAACCCCCUGUGCCCCUCAGCCCCUCCAACCCCAAGCUCCCGAGCUCCCGAGCUCUCCGUCCUCUUUAUUUAUUGCUUGGCCGAUUCAACCCCAGACGUCACUGACGACGUCCGACGAUCCACGAUAGCUAUAACUAAAUAACAUACCUAAGAAUGGCCGAAAUGGCCUCAAGAAUAGCUGCAUUAAAAUCGCAACUCCCAGAAUUAGAAAGCGCAUUGCAUUCUUUCACUAAUUCCUCUUCUAAAUUCCGUAUCGUCCGCACCGUCAACUCCACUUCAACCCGACCGAAAACGCUCUACGUCCUGGAUUCCUCUUUCAACCCGCCAUCCAUUGCCCACCUUGCGCUCUCUGUUUCUGCUCUUUCAGAGCCCGCACCUUCAGACCCGAAACCUCAUCGUUUUCUGCUUCUCUUCAGCACACACAAUGCCGACAAAGCUCCAAGUCCAGCUUGCUUCACCCAGCGCCUCGCCCUCAUGACACUAUUUGCCGAAGACCUAUCCCAUAUCCUUAAGACCAGAUCAACCUCCUCAGGCUCCACUACGCCCCCGGAGGACAUUUCCAUAGACAUUGGCCUGACCACCGAGCCCUACUACACCGACAAAUCCCUCGCUAUCGCGGAAUCAGCUCCAUCACUCUACUCCACAAACCCCACCCAGGUGCACCUCGUAGGCUACGACACCCUGAUCCGCUUCUGCAACCCCAAAUACUACGGCUCCGUCUCGCCCCCCUUAUCAGCGCUCUCCCCGUUCUUCGACGCCGGCCACAAACUCCGCGUCACGGAGCGUCCCGCCGACUCGCACGACGAAUCCUCGAGCGCGUACGGCACGGACGCGGAGCAAGAGGAGUACUUGCAAGGGUUGAAGAGCGGCCGUCUGGAGGCGGAGGGGUUCAAGAGUCAAUGGGUCGAUCAGAUUCAGAUGGUGAAGGGGAAGGAUGGCGUGGGUAUCAGCUCGACGAGGGUGCGGAAGGCGGCGGAGGGGGGGAGGUGGGAGGAGGUGAGGGGGUUGUGUACAGAGGGGGUUGCGGAGUGGGUUAGGGAUAGUGGGUUGUAUGAGGAUGAUGCUAGUGGUAAGAAAAUGAUGGGUUGAGGUUUAGAUGUCGCCAACGAAAGGGAUUUCACAAGAGAUGGGUCGGGGCCAUUAGAGUUAUUGGAACACCUUCAUCGCUUUCUUUUUUUCCGAAAUUCGAUGAGGUAUGUAAGGCAAUCUUGCUGGAUGGUAGUUGAGUG